AUUUAUUCUACUUUGAAAUAAGGUUAAUUGUUUAAUUAUGAUUUUGACUGGAAAAUAUACCUGUAAACACAACUACUACAGGUAGCUUAAUAUAUUUUUAAAAUUAUUUUCUUUUAAAUGCUUCACAUUAAUAAUUAUAAUGACUAAAACUUCAACCAACCUUUUGAUUAGACAAAUAUCCUUUAAAAACACACAAAAAAUCUGAAUACAAAUCAGCAUUUUUUCUUAAAAGUUCUAAUAUCUUCCUAAUAAAGGGCUUUUCUAUGGUCCAAGACUCUCGUCAUAUCACACAUGUUUUGUUGUUUUUGAGGGAACAGUAAAAAGCCUUUGGUUGUUCAGUUGUUUAUCUAAUAUUAAUCACUAACUGGAAGUUAGUAUUAAGACUCAGGAGGUGGACUAAAGACUAAACAUUUUGGUUAUGUUUGUCCUUUGUGACUUUAUGUGUUUGUCCAUUAGAUGUUAGAGAGACACACACAGCCAUUUGGCCCACGAUGCCUCUGUGCUGGAACUAAAGAUCGGUCUCAUUAAUUCAUGCUUGAAUUGUUGCUCUGUGACUUGGGAGGGUCAAAGCUUUUACGUACAAUCAUCCUCUCACUCUUCUGCAUACGUCUCCUCCUGUUACAGUGCUGCUCUCAGCCUCAUUGUCUUGAUUUUGCUGCUGAGCAAUGAAAAGUUGAGUUUCUGGCAUUUUAGUAGCUAUAUAUAACCUUGAAUCAACUACUUUACUAUGACUUCUGCUCCAGCAGGGAAACAGUCUUUCUGUUAGGUAUUGCCGAGAAUUACUGUAAGCGCCUGGAGCUCAGGCAAUAUGAGUCAUAAAGAAACAUCAGAUUUUUGAAAAGUUUGGGAUAUCUAAAACACAUUAUAUAGGUUGUAUAUUUAAGUGUAAGUGGAUGUAGCGUAUGUGUGCUUCCACAGUGCUGUGUAUAAGGUCACUGCAAAGCUGUUAUGCAAUAUAACGUCUUUGCAUUCAAACUCACAGCUGUUGAAUUCUGUCUGCUGAGUCAGCCACCCGUACCCAAAGGUUCAGAUCUCCUGUGAAGAACUGAGAGUCAUUAAGACUGACUGACCGCUGUCCGAGAGGUAGAUUAAGUGUCCAACCUUUGAACAUCGAUUUGGUGUCCUGCUAAAACAGGGAAGUGAUCCUCCUUCAUAUCUGAUAUUUGUCAGUACAUUUCGAGUUAUGAAACGGUUUCUUUACACAUGACAUUACUUCACUUAAUUAUUUUAAUAUUGUUCCAAGUUACUGGGCGACCUUUUGAUAACUGGAAGGUCAUCUGUUACAUUCCUGACUUGAUCCAUAAUGAUUUUUGAGUGUGUAAUUUCAAAAUCCAAAGCCCCAAUUUCCGUUUCAAUAGAAGCUUUAAAUUGGACACCUUGUAUUGUAAUAUAUGUACAGAUGUUACAGAUACAAAUUUAAGGAGGACAUCUUUAGGACAUUUUGGAAGUGAAACUGAGAAACAAAUUCCCGUUUAAACUGUUAUUUUAUGUCUAACAAUACAGUUAAGAAAACUAAAUCAAGUUCCACAGUAGAUUUGUUGUUUGCAAAGCUGUCAACUUAGAAAACUCCAUUCACAGAUGAAGGCCACCAUAUUUGGCUGAAAGCCCCUAAAGAAAUCUAGUAAGUGGACCUUGAGUUAUAAAAACAAAGGUCAAGAAACCUUCGAGCUUAGCUGAAAGGAGGGUGAUUUUAAAGUGCUUCCACCUUAUAUUACACCAAUAAAUGAAUUUAAAACUACAUCAGGUGAACUGUAACUGAAAGUUAGACUGAAAAUGAAGGAAGCCAAGGAGUGACAUCACACCCUCCCUUUACACACACACACACACACACACACACACACACACACACACUGACUAUUGCGCCCAACAACUUUCAGCAAACAAUGCAGCUCGCAGCUCAUUGUGCUGUCCCACUUGUAAGUGUACUCUGCCAUCAUAAUACACCACUGUGCUGUUCCAGUUCAGUCUGAAUCACUGACAUCCAGGACAACAUGGCUUCCUGCUAGACGCCCACGAUGAGACACUCUAUUUUUAGAGGGAGAAAAUUGCAUCUGGAUAACCGAGUGUAAAGAAUACAUUCACCCUUCCUGUUGUCAAGAUGGGGAGGAGGGGGUAGUAAAAAUAGUUUAAAUUUCAUUUAGUUUCUUAAUCAGUAAUUUUCUCAAUGACAAACUAACUACAACUUUGGAAACUGUUCAUUUGUUGUUCUCUUUCUCUUUCCAGUUUCUGGUCUGUGGGAUGUGCGGAGUGCUGUGUGCUCGAAAGAGGACAGGUCUUAUUCCUGCAGGGUGAUGAUUGCAUUAGGUUGGUUUGGCUCCGGACUCCUGCCAGCCCCUUUCCACGCUUCACCGGAUGAUCCUAUUUUCAGCAUGCUGUAUCUGUGGUCUAAUCGGUGGGAUCCUCAACUUCCAGUUUGUUCGGGCGCUGAACAAACGACCAGACUCCAUGCACUCGAUCCAUCUGGCUGCCAUGACCCUGGCCUGUCUGGGGAUCUCCUCCUGUACCUUAUCCACGUGGCUGACCUGUCGCCUGGCCAGCUCCGAGCAGCAGAGGAUGUUUCUGGAGAGGGAACACUCGCUGCACCACUCACACGAGAUGACCGAGAAGGAGAUCCUGGACAACUCUAGUAACGGCAUUCCUCAGAUUGCCUACAACGGACACACCACAGCAUCACCAUGACGACGCAUCACCGACUUGCACACACUGAAACAGAGACAGUUCAUGAACCGCUUGCUGUCAGAUGACAAAUACAGCAUGUACGUCUUUCUACAUAUCCUGCAGCACACACAGUAACUGUGUCCUGACUGCAGGGAGUGAAACCAGGUCUCUCGACUUGGAACUCUUUUAUCUGCUGCCAGAGUAUAAGAAGGACAUUUUGACAACAAGAGGGAGCUGUUUGUGCUUCUGAAAAAUUAUGCAAACACGGAUUCAAACCCCUUCUGAUCAACUCAAACCAUAGCCGGGAUGGAGAGCUGCUGUUUGGGUGAUAAUUCAGGUGACAAACAUCUGCGAGACAUCAUCUGACCUUUAAACUAAUGAGCAGAAAGGAGAGAUUUUAUCCAAUCAGAUGCCUCAAACUGAUGAGCACAAACCAAGCAUGCAGCUGAUUCACUUGUUUUGAAGAACCAUGGCUAUUUCAGUCUCAAUGUCCUUAUUCUUUCUCUCUGUCUUGUUAUGGGUUUAUGGAAUGCAGAUCUUGAGAUAGUCCACAGUAAACUAUAUGUAUCGUCUGAUAAUGGUAUGCUUUGACAUGAAAAUACAGUGCUGCGCAAUGUACUGUACUGUAUAUCCAUGCUUGUAUAUCUAACCGUACCUAUAAAUCAAACAUAUUUUUAUAAAUGCUUCUUAUAAAAUGGAAUUCAAUUAAAGUAUGACAAAUCUGA